GCGGGGCGCACAGGGGAUUCCCGGAGCGCAGCCGGCGCGGCCCGGCCCUGGGGGCGGCCCUGCGCCGUGACAUCAGCCCGGGGCGGUGACAUCGGCGCCGGCCUAGUGCGGUGUGCAAAGCCUGUGGGUUGGCGCGGCCCGGACACGCCCUCCCCGAGCGGAACAAAACUGCGCACGGGCCGGCGCACCCAGCCUCGUUUCCAGAGCCCGCCCUCUCGCCUGCCCGCCGCCUGCCGCGCUCAGCCGCUGCCAGGAUGCCGAACUGGGGAGGAGGCAAGAAGUGUGGGGUGUGCCAGAAGACGGUGUACUUUGCCGAAGAGGUCCAGUGCGAAGGCAGCAGCUUCCACAAGUCCUGCUUCCUGUGCAUGGUCUGCAAGAAGAACCUGGACAGCACCACCGUGGCCGUGCACGGCGAGGAGAUCUACUGUAAGUCCUGCUACGGCAAGAAGUACGGGCCCAAGGGCUACGGCUACGGGCAGGGCGCGGGCACCCUGAGCAUGGACAAGGGGGAGUCGCUCGGCAUCAGACAUGAGGAGGCCCCCGGCCACAGGCCCACCACCAAUCCCAACACGUCCAAGUUCGCCCAGAAGAUCGGGGGCUCCGAGCGCUGCCCGCGGUGCAGCCAGGCCGUCUAUGCGGCUGAGAAGGUGAUUGGCGCUGGGAAGUCCUGGCAUAAGUCCUGCUUCCGAUGUGCCAAGUGCGGCAAAGGCCUUGAGUCCACCACCCUGGCUGACAAGGAUGGCGAGAUUUACUGCAAAGGAUGCUAUGCAAAGAACUUCGGGCCCAAGGGCUUCGGCUUCGGGCAGGGGGCUGGGGCUCUGGUUCACUCUGAGUGAGACCCCCGCGCCCACGCCCCAUUGCCCACGCUGUGCUUCUCAUCGCCCCCCACCCCGAUGACCUCGAGACCGCCAGGCUUCCUCCCUCCCUCAGCCCUGCACGCGUUACUAAGGACUCGACCCGGGGUGUCUGGCUCCCUUGGGUUUGGGCGUCUGCUGGAGGCACGCCCCCAACCUGGGCCACCGUGUCACCAGCGGGGCCUCUGACUCUGGGUGUCCCCGCCUCUCCCUCUCCCCCUCCCCAUCUCCCCCUCCCCCGUCCCCCUCCCCCCUCUCCCUCCCCACCUGUCACCAGCAGGGCCUCUGACUCUGGGUGUCCCCACCCCUCCCCUCCCCCUCCCCUCCCCCCAUCUCCCCCUCCCCCGUCCUCCCCCCCUCCCCCCUCUCCCUCCCCCCCCUCCCCCGUCCCCCCCCCCCCCAGCUCUCAGAAGCUGAGUGUCCGUCAUCGUCAUUGGGGCCCUGCCUGGGGAGAGCCGUGCUCCUCUUGGGGGGCCUCCUGGUGUCCCUCAGAGCAGGCCUGGGGCAUCCCCGCCCGGCAGUCACGGGGGAUGUGCAGAUGGGCCCCAAACGGAGGGGCCACCUGCCCUGGCCUAUCGCCUUCGAGGCUGUGGGCCACAGUGCCCCCCAGCUCAGAGGUUGUGGGGGGGGCGGGGAAGCAAGCCAGGCCCAAGGGCCCCAGUUCAGGAUGUGGUCUGGCCUCCCUGGGCUCGAGCUUCUGUGUGGCAGGGCCCUGAUGAAACACCCCUGACCUUAUGGCCACCCAAACCUGAGGGCGCGUCUCUGCCCAGCCUCGGUCCUGAGGCUGCGGGGGGCGGGGGGGUCAGGCUGCACCCAUCAGCGCAGCCCAGCCCCGGGCCCAUCCUCAGUAUGCCCGGCUUGACCUGCAGACGCGGAGGGAGGCACAUGCGGCCUGCCUUCACCUGGACACCUGCCCCCUCCCACCUGGGCCCUGCCCCCACCCUUUUCCUGGGACCCUCGCGCUCUGGCCACACCGCCCACCCCUUCCAGGCCCCAGGUCCGGAGCAGCAGGAGGACGGGGCGGGGCCAGGCCCGCUGACCCCAGGGUCAGAGGGUGAUGCCACGUGGCGCUGCCUGGACCGAGGGCUGCAGCACGGGCUGUGCUCAAGCUGACCCUGCACCCUGUCAAUAAAGCUGUCAGAACAGA